GCAGCUCAUUCACAUCGUUGGACCGAUCUCUCCAUGUAUAAGCUGCUUAUCAUUCAAACGGCUCGUCAUUUUUCUACUUCAGCCUGGUUAGAGUAUGACUUGGCGUUCAGAAAGGAUGCAGCUGCCUCUGGCCUCAGUGACUGGUCAAGGAUGAACUUAGACCUAUACAACUUUCACUUAAGGUCUCCAGCCAUGGCCUCACCCCUGCCACCUCGGUCGUCUUCUUCCACGGCAUCAGCUCCACUUCCUGCCGCCUCCCGUGACACCAGCCUGGUCCCUCCUUUUUGCCAUUCAUGGAAUGAUGGGCAGUGCCGCUGGCCCUUUGGUAGGUGCAAAUAUCGACACCGCUGCAGUAACUGUGAGGGUGAACACACCCAGAUCAAUUGUCCAUUUCCCAACUCCUCUGGCGCACGAUCCCGAUCUCCCAAACCCGGGAGGAGAGGGGGACGGUACUGAAUGGGCGGUUAUGCCCGGUGAGGCUUGUGUACAUAGUGUAAAUAGUUUUGUUGCGUCGUCAGGGGGGCAGCGUGAUCUGCGUUCCUCAGUCAAGUCGUCUUGUUCUGUUACAGUUCAAGUUAGUAUACCCAGCGUUGCAGUUUCUGUUCAUUCUUUCUCGCCAUUAGCCCCAGCCUCCCAGGUCUCUCCACUACGGCUGGAUCAAUUUCAGACAGAGCUACAGCAUCAUCCUGACCAGGCAGCAGUGGCCUAUGUGUUGUCCGGAUUACGUGAGGGUUUUCGUAUUGGCUUUGAGUCGUCCAUGGUCAAUCUUAAGUCCACUUCUUCGAACAUGCGUUCCUCCUUCAAGCACCCUUUUGUGAUAGACUCCUACUUGCAGACCAAAGUUUCCUCCGGCAGGGUGGCUGGCCCCUUUUCAGCUCCUCCUUUUCCUUCUCUACAUAUCAGCCGUUUUGGGGUCAUUCCCAAGAACAAUCAACCAGGCAAAUGGCAUCUCAUCCUUGACCUCUCCUCUCCUGUUGGGCACAGCGUGAACGAUGGCAUUCCUAAGCCUCCCUUCACAGUGCAGUACGUUUCAGUCGAUGCAGUUAUUGAGGGCAUCAUGGCGCGGGGUCGCGGAACACUAAUGGCUAAGUUUGAUGUGGCCAGUGCAUACCCGAAUGUGGCUAUCCAUCCCGACGAUCGCCCAGUCCCAGAUGCAGUGGCGUGGAAAGUACUUUGUCGAUCUGGUUCUCCCGUUUAAGUUGCGUUCAGCGCCAUUUAUUUUCACGUGUAUUGCGGACCUGGUUGAAUGGAUCUUGGUUCAUAAUUAUGGCGUGGACUUCCUACGCCACUACCUGGAUGACUUUUUUACCCUUGGUCCACCGUCAUCCCCGCUCUGACACUUCUAUUUACUUACCUGUGUUUGCCUUUGUGAAAGGCUUGGCCUCCCCCAUCCUGACAAGGUAGAGGGACCGUCGACUUGCUUAACUAUCCUCGGGAUUGAACUCGACUCCAAUAGGCUUCAGGCUCGCCUGCCCACUGAGAAAAGAGACCGGAUUGUUGCCUUACUUGAAGAGUGGUCCACCAAACGUUUCUGUAAGAGGCGGGAGUUGGAAUCCUUGAUUGGCCACCUCCAUCACGCCUGCAAGGUUGCCCCACAAGGGAGGACUUUUCUUUGUCGGAUGAUUGACUUGCUUUGCGCCUUCCGCCUGGACGAUCACCCCAUCAGGCUAAACCUAGAAUUCCGUCACGACCUUACCUGGUGGCGAGAGCUUUUUCAAACCUGGGAUGGCCUCAGUUUCUUUUGCAUGCCCACGUGGGCGCCCGUCCCGGACUUCCAAGUCUCGUCGGAUGCUGCAGGCUCACUGGGCUAUGAGGCUAUUUUUAACACAAAAUGGUUUUGCAGCGCUUGGUCUAUGGAGCAACGGUCGUUAUCGAUUGCGUACAAGGAGCUCUUCCCCAUAGUUGUAGCCGCCGCCUUAUGGGGUUCUCAGUGGGUCUCUCGGCGGGUUGAGUUCCUGUGCGACAAUGAGUCAGUGGUGGCUGUACUUAAGUCUGGCACUUCACGGGACCACCACUUGAUGGGGUUGCUGCGUCAUUUAUCCUUGCUGGCUAUACGCCACUCAUUUAUGUUUACUGUGUCUUCAGUUCGCGGCUUGGCCAAUCCAGUAGCUGACUCCCUCUCACGCUUUCAAUUUCAGCGUUUUCAUCGUCUGUCACCCUCAAGCUGACCUGACUCCCUGUGUGAUUCCCGAGUCCCUGCUGGCCGCACUCCAGAUGUGUUGACCCAGAGGUGUUAGUUUCUGCUCUCCCAGGGACUCGCACCCUCCACUCGGCGUGUUUAUCUCUCUGCUCAACGUCGCUAUAUUGACUUUUGCCGCCGGGAUGGUCGCCUUAACAGCGAUGGCUUCUUCCCUCCUGCCGAUGAGGAGACUCUCAUGCGCUUUGCUUCACUCUUUGCCGACAACUUGACCCACGCAUCUAUAAAAGUAUACCUGUCAGCAGUACGUUCAUUUCACAUUGACCAUGGCUUGUCGGACCCUUUCGUCAACUGCCUUCACUUGCAGCGUUUGCUCAGGGGAAUUAAGCGGGUUUAUCUGCGGGAUCAUCUGCGGGCGAUUCAACAUCAUCUGGACUUCUCCAUGAGAGACCAUGCGAUGCUGUGGGCGGCAUGCUGUUUGGGUUUCUUUGGUUUCUUACGAGCUGGGGAGUUCACGGUGAAUUCUGCAUUUCAGCCUAGUAUCCAUAUGACUGUUGCUGACCUGCAAGCUGAUUCCCUGGUGAAUCCUACCUGUUUUAAAGUUCAUAUCAAGUGCUCUAAGACUGAUCCGUUUCGCAUGGGCUGUGAUAUAUAUGUGGGGCGUGGUGAGGGCCCAGUGUGUCCCAUCCGUGCCUUGGGCAACUUCUUGGCUCUGCGUGGCUCUUCUGAGGGUCCUCUCUUUACUUUUAGUGACGGUCGCCCUCUUACUCUGCAACAGUUGUCAUCCACAGUUCCGUCUAUCUUGCACGCAGCUGGCUACACUGGCUCCUAUUCAGGCCAUAGCUUCCGUAUUGGGGCGGCAACUACAGCUGCUGCUCAGGGAGUUCCGGAUCAUCUGAUCAAGACCGUAGGCCAGUGA